AAUAAAUCCUAUUUGACCCAUAAUAUCAGCUAUAAAACUCUUAACUAACAAAAACUACCAUAAAACCUGAUAUUAUUUUUUCACAUGGUAAACAUUUGGUUCAUUUGGAUGAACUUUGGGAAAUAUUUUGAUAACAUGGCAGUUCUGAGGUGUACUGGUAUGAUGAAUUUAUGUGUGUGCCCAUGGUUCAGGUCAGUGGUUGUAUGGGCCAGCAUCAGUUUACUGUCUGUUCCCUCCCUGUGUACAUUUUGCUUAAAUCUUUGUCAGUGAUAUUCUUUUACUGAUGAUCUAGAUCAUCAUUUCAUGGUAGGAACGACUCGACUGUCUGAGAACUGUAAUAGAUGCCACUUUAGACACAAACCAUCAGAUGCAGCCACAGGUGUUUGAUGUAGAGGAAGUCGACUACAGGUACACGGGCAGAGCACCACCCAUGGCUCUCAAUAAGAUCCACACCCAGAUACAGGCAAUAGCAACAGAAAAGGAUCAUUUGAUCAAAGAACUACAGGAGAUUAAUAAUGAGAUAGCCAUUGAAGAGGGUGAGUGUGAGAGGCAAGAGGCUGAGAUAAGGAAGACAGAGGAGGAGGUAGAAGGGGAAGAAGAACUCCGGCAGAUGGUGUCACCAGGAUCCAGCAAAUUUGUGGGAUUCUGUAAAGAUGUGAAGUUGAUACCGCCAGCAGAGAUGGCCUGUUUAAAGCGGGAAGUGAAAUUUAUAUUAGCUGCUCAAGAGAAGUACCUUCAUUCAACCAACCUUGACAUUGCCAACUGUCAGACCAUCUUGCAGGAGAAACAGAGGAAGGUAUCCCAGUUGACCCAUGAAUUGUGGAAAUUGGAGAGUAUGAUCAAAUUGUCUCAUCACAAUAUUCAGAUGUUUGAGGACACCACUUUAUCUCUUUCAAAGAAGAUUGUGGAACAGAGAAAGGCUCAUGAGAUUCAUCAGAAAACUCUGCAACAAUCCCUGAAACAUUCAAACGAAGCAGCUUCGAAGGUGGCUGGUGUCAUUAAUCAAUUUUUGUCCUUUUCAAAAAAUAUUGAAGUAUAAAGACAACAUUCUAACUUUUCAGUUUUUUUCUUGAUCUUUAUGCUAUAAUCUUAGGAAGAUAAGCUGUUCUUCCUCAAACAGCAUUUUUUUCAGUUGCCUGUACCUUUGUCAGUCUUGAAGGUCAAGUACACUUAUUUUUAUGUUAUUGUAGUCAUUUUUCCAACAGUGGAUAAAAACUAUAUUUUAGUCAUAUUAUCCACUAACCUUCUUAGUACUUGGUGUGACUUCAGUAGAGGAAAUCCUCCAUCAUUUUCAUUGACACCAGCAGCCAAGAAAAGUUGCUUCAGAAUGAUUUUACAGGUCAAAAUUCUUGUUCUAAGAUAUAAAUGAUAUGAGAAGUGCACACCACGGCAUAGUAUAAUUUAUAAAUACAGAAUUACAUGGAUAGUAGUACAGUACAGGUCUUUUCCUCUGGCUUGUUUGUAGGUCAUAAGUCUACUCUUCUCAACUAGUUAGCUUCACAGCUUGCUACGGACAUUCGUAUGUCAUGAAAUUAUGUUAUGUCUAAAUGAAUCUUUAUUAGUGUGGGGUGAUGUUGCAACUGCUUGCUUUUUAACCUGGAGAGAGAGAGAUGUGGAAUUGGAAGAAUUGUCAUAGAGAAAUGAUCAUGGUCUGGUCAGGUGGUAGGGACAUGUUGAGAGAUUGAAAAGUGAAAGUUUAGUACAGUACUGUACAUAUUAAGAAAGAGAUAGCUUGAGGAAGAGGAGAACACCAAGGAUGAGAUGUAAGGAUGGAGCAGAAGUGACGGGAUGGACAUCUACUCACCGGUAGUUUUAGGAGAAGCACGUGUUGUUGAUGGCUAAUGUUGAUUGUGUGAUGCAACACAGGUAAACCAGAUUUAGGACCUUGUGGAAGAGAGUAUCAUAGCAGAACAUAUGUAUUACAGUCAUGAGAAUGAAUGAAGAAUGUGUUUGUGUUUGAUUUGCCUUCUUGCAUUAAGCAGAAAAGGGUUUGGAAAAAAUGGUCUUCAAGAUAUUAAUUAGUUUUUUAGAUGGUUGGUCUUGAGAGUACCAAAUUUGUAUCAGCUUCACAAUACAUAACCAUUAUUUACAGUAACACAGUCUUGCUUGUAAAUUUUUGUUGGGGGGUAUCAGCUGUGUAACUCAGGUACACAGUACAGUACUGUACUGUACUGUAUCGUGUUCAGUCACAGAUCCCAUUCUUUCAUUUUAGCAUAUCCAUCUUGAAUGCUUUGAAGUCACCUACCAGUAAUAUUAAAUCUACUAAUAAAAGGAAAUUUUGAGGGUUAGUGAAAUGUCUUAGUAAUCUGUUUUUGUCAUGGUCUUUAGAACACAUCUUUGAAAUUACCACAUCAAAGACAGUGUGUGCUGCUGAGCCAUCGUGGAGUUUUCUGUAUAGUAUUAAGUUGGGGUGAUGUCUCUCAGCAACUGUUGGAGAUUUUUUCUCUGGUACUAUACAAUGUUGAGCUUGUAUUGUUUUGUAACCUUUUAUAUCUUUUUUUUUUUAAACUGUUUUUAAGCUUAUUUCACAAAGUUCUCUGUCACAUUAUUGGAUACAUAUACAGUGGUCCCUCGGUUAACGAGCACAAUCCGUUCUAGAAGGUUGCUCGUUAACCGAAAAACUCGUUAACC